CUGACGCUCCAUCACGAUGAUUUUCAGAUAUAUACGCUCGUGAGAGAGCACGCGUACGAGUAUCGUGUUUGUUGAUAAACGAAACUACGACCUAACCUAUUCCGCAAAGCCGGAGGCCCCCGACGGCUAUAAAUAAAAGAGGGUAUCUGCGAAACACGGAAGAAAGCUCUUCGUCGCUCUUCGACGUCUUCUGUGUUUUUUAUUUUUUAUUUUUGUACGAGUGUCUGAUUUUGUUUUUUUGUGUGUGUUUGUAUAUAUUAUAUUAUGACGGAAGAAAAGUGCAAAGUGACACACAUGCCUCACCAUGUGCAGCAAAAAUUAUGUAAGACUCGACCGCCUUACAGACAAGGAAAAAAGUUGACAGCAGUCAAGGUUUACACAAUUAACGACGAAUCACAGCAUUUGCUACUAUGUGGAAUACCCGCGUUGAAAUUAGAAAGCGAAGUAGAGAGGCUCGUUCAUUCUUACGGAGAGGUAAAAGCAAUCGAAUUGGCAACUGAAUAUCCGUCGGAAGAAUUUACGGACACGUAUCAUAUACAUUACGCACGUAUUCAAAGUGCGAGAGUGGCAAAGCGAAUAAUUGACAACAAGAACUUUUAUGGUGGACUUCUGCAUGUUUUUUACGUUCCUGAAUUGGAAACUGUGACAGAAACAAGAGCAAAACUCAUACAGCGUCGCAAGGAGGUAGCGAGACAGAUAAAAAGAAAUCAACAAGAUUUAACAAACCCAGAAGUUGACACGUUUGUCCCAAAAGAACAGUAUCACAGAAGAAAGAAAAACCCUGCUUUGCCUCUCACCGAAGAACGACUUAAACAUUGUUAUCCUGGAGAAACACUUACGUCUAUUUGCAACGGUAUACCUCAAAACAUAGAUCCACGAUGUGUAACCGAGCCUGGUUUACCGAUUAACUGGAACACUAGUUGGAGUAACACCGCAUCGGGAUCAGACUCGCUAUCGGCAUCGAAUCAAUCGAUCGAAGCAAGAGCGACGCAACCGGUAACUCAAAAGCCAAAUUCGGACUCGAAUUUUACGCGAAAGAGAAAAAAUUACAAAGGACAACGUAUCGACGAUGGUGUCAAAGUUAAGAUCUUUCGGCCGCAACUUAUGGAUACCAGAAAACUCGCGAAACCGAGUUUCACCGAGAAAACAAACGUGUUCUACAAUGUGAAAAAAGUCGAGAGUGGAAUCACAGUCAAGUUGUUGAAACAAUCUGAUAAUGAGAAAAAGAAAAUAGUCAUAAAAAAUCCAAACGUAACACAUUUGAUAAAACCUAGCGAAGACCUUCAAUCCUCGAUUCAAGCGGCAAAGUCUCAAAUUCGCAGCGCGAUGCAAAAGCAUAGCACUUGAAUAAACAAAUAAAUUUUU